UCAUGUGUCCAUUUAAUUUGAAUUUCUUGCCUCAAAUUUAAUCAAACAAGUAAUUCGCAGCCUAAUCUACAAACGUGACACUACUGGGGGCAGCCAUCCAUCCAUUCCUUUCUCGGCCAGUCCUCAUGGCGGCGAAGAUGCCCGUAAAGUACAGUGUGGUAGACGCGUUCACGGAUUUGCCUCUCAAAGGAAAUCCGGCGGCUGUUUGUUUGUUAGAAGAAGAAAAAGACGAUGAGUGGCUGCAAGCUGUUGCUAGGGAAUUCAACAUUUCAGAGACCUGUUACCUGACUCGAAUCAUUGACCCGGAGCCUCACAGCUCCAAGUUCCGUCUUCGCUGGUUCACUCCCGUUGCCGAGAUAGAUCUAUGUGGACAUGCCACUCUAGCAGCUGCCUAUUUCCUGUUUGUUAAUGGCUUUGUCAAUACUGAUGUUAUUGAGUUCUGUACCUUAUCUGGGAUCUUAACUGCUAAAAGAGUUCCAGAAAAGGAUGGAGGGUUCUUUGUUGAGUUGAACUUUCCAAUUAUUCAUGUCUUGGAGACCAACUUAUCUGAGAUUCCCACAAUUGCGAAAAACUUUGACAAAGCAUGUGUGGUUGAGAUAAAGAAGACCGACAGGGAUGACCUCAUUGUUGUGCUCCAGUCAGGCGAUGCAGUUGCAGGAUUACAACCACAAAUUGAUGAAAUACAAAAAUGCACUGGCAGAGGAGUAAUUGUUACAGGACCCGGUCCUCCAGGAUCUGGAUUUGAUUUUUACUGCCGCUUCUUUUGCCCCAAACUGGGAAUUCCAGAGGAUCCUGUUUGUGGAAUUGCUCAUUGUGCAUUGGCUUCCUAUUGGCACAAGCUGCUGAAGAAAAACAAUUUAAAUUCUUAUGCGGUAUACCUCAAUUUUAGAAUUCUAUCUGCGCAUAAGUUGGUUAGCGUAAUGACUUGGAUCUUUGCUUGGUUCAGGCAUCACCUAGAAGUGGUGUGAUGAACGUGCGUAUAGAUGAGGAGGAGAAUAGAGUAUUUCUGCAAGGAAAAGCUGUUGUGGUGAUGGAAGGUUCUCUAUUAGCUUAGGUUAAAGAAUUUCACUUCAGGGUGAUGAUAUAUUUGGACACGCGAAUGAUGUUUGUGCUUAUAGAAUCUGGAAUGAAGAAGCAGAUCACAUUAAUUAGAACCUCUUGGAUUUGGUAAUUGUAUUGAACUUACUAGCUCGCACAGCAGCUAGUAUACAAUAAGCCAUUGGGGCAUAAAAUAAUGCUCUCUAUUCCUAUUCAUAGUAAGCUCAUACAGCAGCUGGUAUACAAUAAGCCAUUACCAAAAAAAAUAAUGCUUUCUCUAUUCCUAUUCAUAGUAAGUACAACAGGCC